UGCGUACGCUAACGUACUUGUGAGCCCGAGUAGGGUACCUGCAUCUUUGAUCUGGGUCCAACGUCCGCAGACUGGUGGCCGACCAGCAUAUAGCUGGAAAUGCUGCGAUCUACACUUCUGCAUACUCCUAGCUUCCAGGUUCGACCGGAAGUCAUUACCUAAGUCAUGGAGGACCAAGUGUGCAGGGCUGAGCACGUCUCUGGCAGCUGUGGCUUUGGUGCGUCCCGCACCACAUGCCUGACUGGUCUCCACGGCCCUUGUGAUUGGCUCCCUGCACUGCAGCUGUGACGUGAGGGAGAGUCAGCAAUGACACGCUCCCCAACAACUUCAUCUUCAGUGGUGUCCGUGAAACCUGCGACCUCGCAUCACGAAGGGACCAUGUCGUGAACAACCGCUCCUCGUCGCCUGCGGCUUUCAGACGGCGCGUCAACCCAGCAACUUUCCCCAAUUGCGAAGUAUUUAGUGUACUCCAGGCUUGCUGCAAUGGACAAGGUGUGGCCAGUUCUUGUAGGCGCUGCCACAGCCCUGUCCUGGACGGCUGCCUUUGCUUGGACUGCGACAUACUAUCUCACCAUACCUCUCCAUUAUCCGGCCUAUUACAUCCUCAGACUUGUUGCUGCCCUCCUUUCGCCAGUGUGGUAUGUAUUUGCAGGCAUUCGCUCCGUCCUUGGCCUCGCGUUUGCCCUGGUCGCGAAGCUCAAGUUCCUGUAUAUAUAUCUCGCGUGUGCUGCCUUUAUAGGAAUCGCCACAGGUUGCAUGCUCUACGGCACCAGCGCUUUCGUCUUCAUCCUGCUCGGCAUCGAGCCUGCGCGUGACCAGCAGGCCGCCCUGGAGGCCGAGCGUCGCCGCCAGCAUCGCCUCCUACACAGCAAGCUCCAGCGGCAACGGCAACCGAGCCGCAUCUUCCGGCUUCUCAGCCUGGGCGGCGCCUCCACAAACUACAGCGACACCGGCGCCGGGAACCGAUUCCCCCGCGGCGGACCGACCUCGUCCUCGGCGUCAGGCUCGGCAGCUGCUACUGCUAAGGGAUCGUUCCUCGGCCGCGCCCUCGGCGGGUUUGGCGGCUCGUCAUCGUCAUUCCUCUGGCCCGGUCCUCCGCCAUCGUAUCGCACCACGCAAGCCCUCUCUCCGUCAGGCGGCAGAGGAGGCGGCGGCGGCGGCUCUUCGGGUGGAGAAGACCUAUUGCGCCAGAGGAGCGGCAAACUCAUCCUCGAUGACGAAGUCGACGACGAGGACGAUGAAGAAGACGAACAAGAGCUCAGCGACCUGCCACCCCAGGACGAGCAGAGCUACCGUGAGUCCGCGAUGAAGGAUUGGUUGUCGUCCUCUUCGUCCGUCAUCGCCACGGGUCCCAACCCGUCCCAUGGUCAGGGCAAAGGCAAGAGCAAAUCCAAAAAGAGGAACGAUUCGAUACACUCCCAAAAGCAGCAGCAGCAGCAGCAGCAGCAGCAACAACAACAACAAAAGAGAGACAUGAGAGACCCCCUCCAGGAACACAGAGAUCUCCUCGACACGCAGUGGAAGCGCAUACGUUCGCUCGACCGCGCGGCCAAGCAACGCAUCGGCGGCGGCGGCGGGAGCAGUGGUGUCCCUGGCACAGGAGGUAGUCGCAGAGGAAUGUUGCUCAGCCAGACCAUCCAUGAGGAGAGCAGUGAAACCGAGUCUCUUUGAGCCAAGGCCAUUGCGUGGUAUGCUUCAACUUCUGGAGGAGACCCGGCAAACGAGUGAGAAAAAAAGGGAGCACCCCCUAUCAUAGUGAAUGGAAUAAGUGGUGUCGAAAGUUGCCGCACUUAAAGGGAAGCCAGACAUCAUCUGACAAUCUGAUGGCCUGUUCAUUCUCGUCAAGGCGAUGAUAGCACGGGAACCUGCACAAGGAACCACACAACGUGAGCGGCUG